AUGGUCCAAGCACUACUGCACUCUUUUGGCCAGGUGAAGGCGACAGACAGGGCUGGCUUCGGCAGCCUGCGCCCCAUGCUCAAUGCACUGACAAAAUGUGCCAAGCCUCAACAGCUGAGCCGAAGGAGUGACUGUAUGAAGCUCCUACAGGGAUGGCAGGGCCUUCAUCAACAGCAUGAUGCCGCGGAACUGCUGCAGCAUCUCACAAAGGACGGGGUCCCUAAAAUCUUAGCGGGGAGAUGGGAGUCAAGAGUAUCUGGAAUUAGUGAGCACGAACCGGCCAUAAUCCGGGCAUGGAAUACGGCUGUGCCGUUAAUCCCACUGCCCUGCACCGGACAGGCCACGACGCAGCUAGCACUGAACUCAUGGACUGCUCAGCCGGGACCUCGCAACGAGGCAUAUGUGACAGCACUGGCAGAGGCUCCUGAGAUACUCAGCGUUCAGCUAAGUCUUGCGCUUUCAGGAAAAGGGUGGUCGCAUCAAAAAGGUCCGCAGCCCAGUCAACGUCAAUCCAGUCAUCAGUGUUCCCAUCUUCACCGAUGCCCACACUCAACAGCUCACCACGAGUGA